CGAUCGGGAAAACAUUAACUCUUUAAAAUGCUUGUUCUGGCAAAAGCUUUGUUUAGUGGUUUAAUGAUUGUGAUGGUCUACGGAUCACUCGCAAUAACAACUGAGGGUCCGAUUUCCGGAGAUCCUUUGCCAGAGCUGGAAACUCAGUUAGAUGGAUGCUGUUUUUCGGCGUUACAAAGAAUGCUGGAUCAUGUGGCAGCCCAUCAGACGGAGUGGGAUGCCUGCGAAAGGAGCAAACUUAACGACGUUCAGGCGGAUCAGAUUCGGAUAGAAAGCGAGUUGAGCGACAUACAGGCCAAGCUAUCCAGCAGUGGAAAUUGGCCGGAGUCCAAAUCGAACGUCCUAAACAUUCCACCGAACUUCGAGAAGAUCGAUUCUAAAUACUACUACAUUGAGAAAAGCACCCGGCAGAAUUGGUAUGGGGCCUCAAACUUUUGUCGCCAGAUGGGCGCACACCUGGCGAGCAUCCAGAAUUCUAUGGAACAGUCCAGAAUCGAGCAGCACCUUGUCGAUCGCGAAGUCUACUGGCUGGACACCACUGAUCUGGCAACGGAGGGCGAGUUCGUCCACUCGAGCUCCGGCAAGAAGGCAAGCUUUCUAAACUGGGGAUACGGCGAACCCGAUAACCACCAAAAUAUGCAGCAUUGUAUUUUUCUGUACAACGGCUAUUACUACGACAGCCACUGCAACACUAAGUCUCUUUUUAUUUGCCAGGCUGGUCUUGAAAAAUAACAUUUUCUAAAAACAUAAA